GCCGGCCUUCUCCACAACCGCUCCCUCAGGCCGCGUCCCCGGCUGCGACCACAACACUCACCACCAACAACACCACUACUACGUUAUGUCCGAGCAAGGAUUGCAUGAUUCCAUCAUCUGAAUUCUUCAAUAUGGAAGAACUUGAACGACUAAAAAACAAUUACAACGAUGGCGGACUGGAAGCAGUAAUACCAGAGAUCAAGAAUAAAUUAGAUGACCUGAGUAAUGCACAACAUAAUAUCGCAGUUAUAGGUGAAAAGUGUGCAGGCAAAUCUACCUUUAUUGCUGCAAUAAUAGGCUUUGAGAUAAAUGAGGAGGAAAAGGUUGAUAAUGAGGAAACUAAUGAGCCUAUUGUACAUCCCCAUCCGAUUCUGCCUCAUGUUCGUUUUGCAGAACUUCCAGCAAUAGAUUCUGAACUACUGUCGAGUGAGUACCUAAAAAUGGUAAAUAUUGAGAGAUAUGAUUUGUUCAUCGUCAUGUCAGAAUGCCAAUUUAAAGGAAAGGAGGGGGCAGUUGCCAAAGCAGUGCAACAAGAGGGUAAACAACUGUACUUUGUUCAGUCCAAAGUUGACAAUGACCUCCCUCCGCUGGAAAUGGACGGUGCAGCUUUGAACAAAGAACUGGAGAAGAUCAGGAAGGACUGUGUUACCACCUUGGAAGAGGUGGGAGUUACGUCACCAGCAGUUUUUCUGAUUUCCUGCUUUCACCAGGAUGAUUAUGAUUUCCCCGCUCUAAAGGGCAUCUUCGCAAAUGACCCGUGUAGCGUUAAGAAGAUUGCUUUCUUGCUGUCACUCCCAAACGUGACUUCAAACGUAAUAGAAGAGAAGAGAAGAAUGUUGGAGAAAAAAAUAUGGAUGACUGCAGCGCUUGCAGGGGCAGUGGGAGCCGUGCCAGUUCCUGGCAUGUCCUUUGCCACUGGGAUUGGACUGGUGGUCGCGGGGUUGGUGUACCUCUGGCACCAUCGCGAUCUCCGUGACAAGUGCCUGCAAAGACUGGCGGAUGCCAGUGGUAAACCCUUGGCACUGUUGAAAACCGAAAUUCAAUCUCCAGGUAAAAUAUCCCGGGCACUUAUCAAAAUAGCGCUAGGUGUUACCGCUGUUGUUUGCACAAUAGCCGAGUUCAAGUUUGUCUUCACACCAUUGAUUAUUUCUGUUUUUGGAGCUAUUUCUUCUUUUUGUUUCACAGCCUUGUUAUUAAAGGAUUCACUGAACGAGCAAGUGAAUACCGCUCAAUUAGCAGUGAAAACUGCUUUUGAAAGUGAUUGAAGCAUGUUCCAGAUUAUUUAACUGACA